UCUUACGUACUGACGCUAUAAAUACCAAAUCUGUCUGUUCUCUUUCUCUCUCUCAGUAUUCACUAUUCAUCAGUAAAUUCUCUCUCUCUCUCUCUCUCUCUCUCUCUCUCUCUCUCUUCAUUGCUUGACUUUUGUGAGUGUGAUAUAACUGCGGAGAAUAUGGGAAGAGCGCCGUGUUGCGAGAAGGUUGGUAUCAAGAGAGGGCGGUGGACCGCGGAGGAGGACCAGAUUCUCUCCAACUACAUUCAAUCCAACGGCCAAGGCUCUUGGAGAUCUCUUCCCAAAAAUGCCGGAUUAAAAAGGUGUGGAAAGAGCUGUAGACUGAGAUGGAUAAACUAUCUUAGAUCCGAUCUCAAGCGCGGGAACAUAUCCCCCGAAGAAGAAGAGCUGGUUGUGAAAUUGCAUUCCACUUUCGGUAACAGGUGGUCACUGAUAGCGAGUCAUCUACCAGGGAGAACAGACAACGAAAUAAAAAAUUAUUGGAACUCUCAUCUCAGUCGAAAACUCCACAACUUCAUUAGUAAGCCGUCCAUCUCUCGAGGCAUAAUCAUGAACGCUUCUUCUGAACCGCAGGCCAAGCGCAGACUUGGGAGAACUAGUAGAUCCGCCAUGAAACCCAAAACCCACAGAACAAAAACUCGAAAAACGAAGAAAACGCCUACACGGCAGGAUCCAAACGCAGACGUAGCGGUAGCUGAAGAAGGAGCAUUAAUGGUGGCGUUAAGUGGAGCCGAUCGCGAGGCUGAGCUAGGACCAUGUGACUACUACGGAGACUUUUGUUGUAAUAAAGAUCUCGUGAGCAUUAAUGGGGAUAGUGGAGUUUUAUCGUUUGAUGACGACAUCGCUGAUCUUUUGUUGGACGAGUCAGAUCCAGGCUACGUAUCGUGUGGUGGUGAUGACACGAGAGGGUUCUGGUCGGAGUCUUCCAACCAAGGGAAACUCGACUGUCUUCAGUCUUGUCCGUCGGUGGAGUCGUUUCUCAACUACGAGCACCAAGUUAACGAUGCGUCGGCGGAUGAGUAUAUUGAUUGGGAUUGCGUUUGGCAAGAAGGCAGCAAACACGAUCUUUGGCACCAGAAAGAGGGCGCCGACUCGAUGGUGUCGUGGCUUUUGGACGGUGAUGAUGACGCCAUGAUCGGGAAAAACAAUUGCGACAACUUCGGAGAACCGCUGGAUCAUGACGACGAAAACGCUUUGGUUGCUUGGCUUCUGUCCUGAAGAUAUUGGUUUUGUUGACCCGUACCUACUUAAAGUAAUCUUUCUGUAUUUUACUGUUUGAAUCCAUUCCACGUCUCUCGACCUAUGUGCGUAUGAGAUAAAAACAUCAUGCAAUUUUUGUUAAGGUUUAAAUAAUAAGUCCUGGUUGUAAUAGUCUUUUAAGACCUAAAACUAAGAAAUCUAAGAGCAAAUGCAUUGGUUUGGACAGCAUUUCGUCCCAA